ACCCCCAUGACCCCAAAAUAAAAACAGUGGAAACAGGGAACCCCUGGGAGUGGUUUUUAGUCUCCUCCUUGAUUCUUGGAGGUAUUUCUGGCCACCAGACACCCGAUGACUUCUAGAGAUGCACUUGGCCAACGGGACCUUCAAAGGCAAUGCACUCACAUCUUGUUUUUCCCCAAAUCAGGAUUUCCCAUUCCCAAACAUUGUCUGGAUGGAGGAGAAGGCUGCGAGGAAGCGGAAGGUGCUCCGGGACACUGAGGCAGACAAGGAGCUGAGGAUGGAGAGCAGGGAGGACAAAUCCCCAAAGCAGAACCUCGUGGAAGAGGCCGUUUUGAGCGGCUGCACAGCACAGGAAUCCAAUGGGGAGGAAAAGCCCCGGAGAUCCCGCAGGAGGAGGGGCUCCAAAGCCAGCCCAGAAUGCUCUGAGGGGGAAAGACCCACCCUGUGCCAGGAAGGCAGCCAGAGAUCUGACCAGAGCUCUGAGGUGGUGGUCCAUGAGCAGCGUGAUGCUGGCAAGAAGCCCCACCAGUGCUUGGAAUGUGGGAAGAGUUUCCUCACGAGGUCCCGCCUGCUCCGCCACCAGAUGGUGCACACUGGGGAACGGCCCUAUGAGUGCGGGGAAUGUGGGAAGGGCUUCAGAGACACCUCUGACCUGAUCCGCCACCAGACAGUCCAUACUGGGGAACGGCCCUAUGAGUGUGGGGAAUGUGGACAGGGAUUCACCAUCAGCUCCCACCUGAUCACCCACCAGAGGAUUCACACCGGGGAACGGCCCUAUGAGUGUGGGGAAUGUGGGAAGAACUUCAGGAUCAGGUCCAGUUUGAUCCACCACCAGAGGAUCCACACUGAUGAACGGCCCUAUAAAUGUGGAGAAUGUGGGAAAGGUUUCAGGAAGGGCUGCCACCUGAACCGCCACCAGAUGAUCCACACUGGGAUACGACCCUACGUGUGUGGGGAAUGUGGGAAGAGCUUCCGUGACAGCUCUGGCCUGAUCAUCCACCAGACAAUGCACACUGGGGAAUGCCCCUUCACGUGCUCAGAAUGUGGGAAGAGCUUUAGCCAGAAUUCCUUCCUGAUUGCCCACCAGAGGAUCCACACUGGGGAGAGGCCCUACAAGUGUGAGGAAUGUGGGAAAAGCUUUACCCAGAGGUCCGGCCUGAUUGCCCACCACAGGAUCCACACUGGGGAGAAGCACUAUGAGUGUCCUGAGUGUGGGGAGAGGUUUCAGAGCAGAUACCGUCUCCUCAAGCAUCAGCAGAUUCACACAGAAUAGAGGCC